UGGUCACGUGACACCGAGAGGCGGAUGCGCCAUGCUGUAUUUAUGUUGGCUUCCGAGUUCCGCUAUUCGUGUUAUUUAAUACAUUUUAUGAGACGAGAACCAUCCCGGAAAUCGGAUGACAUACGUGGAUUUUUCAGGCCUGGCCGUGCAUGGAUGGAUUAGGCUCUCAUCCACUGUGCCCAAAACGAGAAUGCCCAGUGCUGGCUGUCCAUCUGUGCACAGAUAAUGAGUAACGGGAACCUCUCUGAAGAGGAAAUCUUGGAAAGGGCUGCGGAAGAGCGCGUGGCCAUUGUUGCCCGCUACGACCGGGGAAGGGACAAUGUGGUCGACCCCUGGGAAGACCCCAAGUUCGAGCUCUACCACGUCACCGACAAAUAUGGCUUCAUACACAACCACAGGUUACCCGACAGAUACACUGACCAUGAGGCAAAGGUUCGGGACCAGGAGAACAUCCGCAUUGGCAAAUGGCUCAAGAUGCUGGGAUCGUGGGAUAAAUACUAUCCAACCACGGAAAAGGAUCGCUUUAAGAACACAAAAUAUACAGCCAAGCUCCGGCGAAGAAUCUACAAGGGCGUGCCCAACGCGGUCCGAGCAGCGGUGUGGCUCCGUCUGCUGGACGUAGCACGUAUCAGAGCAGAACAAGAAGGCAAAUACUGGGAAAUGCGGGAGCGUGCGCGCAAGUGGUCGCCCGACAUCAGGCAGAUCGACCUGGACGUCAACAGGACCUACCGCAACCACAUUAUGUUCAGGGAGAGAUACGGUGUCAAGCAACAAGCACUCUUCCACGUCUUGGCAGCGUACUCCGUCUACAAUACGGAGGUGGGAUACUGUCAGGGUAUGAGUCAGAUAGCUGCUCUUCUACUCAUGUACAUGAACGAAGAGGAUGCCUUUUGGGCCAUAUCCGUAUUGAUGACUGACGAGAAGCACGCCAUGCACGGGUUCUUCAUUCAGGGUUUUCCCAAACUGCGUCGCUUCCAGGAGCACCACGACCGAGUGCUGAGCAAGCUACUUCCCAAGCUGAAGAAGCACCUGGACCGCUUUGAGAUCCACACUUCCCUGUACACCCUCAAGUGGUUCUUCCAGUGCUUCUUGGACCGUGUGCCCUUCACGCUCACCCUCCGUCUGUGGGAUGCCUACGUGCUGGACGGAGAGCCCGUCCUCACCGCCAUGUCCUAUACGCUGCUUAGGUUGCACAGGAAAACACUCUUGAAGAUGGGCAUGGAGGAGAUGAUAGACUUUUUGCAAGCACGGCUGGAGCAGGACUUUGGCUACCACGACGAUGCAGCCAUGGAAGCACUCCAGGCAUCCAUGGAGGAGCUCAGGAAACACGGUCUGGCCAUUCCCCCCGGGCGGCCGCCCCCGUCGGAGCUACCGCAACGACCCUUCGGCUUGGAGUUGCCCCUUCCCUCACCUAGGUGCAUCAAGAAAAAGGCCGUGACCAACGGAAGCAACGAGAGCCACGGGGAGUCUGUGCGGGACAGUGCGGCUGAGAACGGGGGCCCUGCGUCGUGCGAAAACCUACGUCGUGCUUCGCCUCGGGACAAUGAGGAUGCGACGAGCUCGGUGGUGGACCCUUUGAGCUCUCGAACUUCUUUGGCGGAGACCUCGCAGACCUCGGCCGCUGACCUGUCGAGCUUCUCGAGUCCUUCGGCCACGCUGCGUCGCACACCAUCCCUUUACGAUAACGUAGACUAUCGGGAAAGCUUGGAAGCUGCGUCUCGUUCGCCCGAUGCGGUGCGCAUCUACGUGCCCUACCACCACGGGAGCGGAGGGGAGACCCCGUUGGCUUCCUCUCCCAUCCCGAACGGGGACAUGACUCCCACCAACCAGGACCCAAACAAGCUUACCAUUCACGUGGACCUUCACUACAGUUCUUGUGACGGUCCACAGGAAGAAGAAGAGGCGCUGCGCACGGAACUGUGAUGGGUACCUUACCCCGCCCUCGACCGGACAUAGUUCCGCGCAUCUUAAGUCGAGGCUAGUAGGAGGCAGAUUAAUAUUCGCGGCACCGUCCCGUGGGGCGACCGGAGGGGUGUGCCAUAGGAAACUGUGUAUAGAUGAACAAACGCUGCCGCGAGCAUUUCCCCGAGCUCUUUAAUUUAUUUUAACUUUGUUAACGAUGGAUACUUGUUUCCGCUUUUGUUUCUGUGUGCCAAACAGUGCUCGAAUGUACGUGCUCUCUCUACCGUGUAGAGAUUCCGACGCAGUCAACACAUAACUGGGCCGAUAGGACAGCCACUCGUAGAAAUAUAUACUCCGUAGCGGGGCUCGGCACGUUGGUAGUAACUUAUGUAUUGCCCUCCCCCCCCCCUCACCUUUGAGUCGAGGUCGGGUGUGGUUGGAGGCAAAGCGAUUAUCGAUUAUUUAGAUAAGCCUGAUUUCUACCUCAGUGGACAAAUUCUGAAGCAAUAUCUUACGGAGACUCGCAAAGGUUCUAAUGGGCAGGUCGCGACUGUAUCAAUUGCCCCUCCGCAUGCUUUAAUGAGACAGGAAUAAUAGAGAUAAGAUCAACCACGUUCUUUCCUUCGGGAGAUAGCUCGACCAUACUACCAAGGGUGCCCUCUCUCAGUGGCAGCUACGCCCCCAACAUUGCUCUAAUAUACUGUUAUCUCGACUAUCGGUUUGCAGAUUACCUGUUGAUUGCAUCCUGGUUUUGACUGCUCGAUACAAUUGCGUUGAUCGUUGACACGUCGUGACGUCCCUUUUCUUACUCUUCGGUUGUGCAUUCCACAGCAUCAUUCCAAAUUUGUCGUUGCACGAAAUUUUACGCUUGCGGGACACCCACGCUCCUUCCUCAACAUGAGGUUCCCGUGGUAACGUCUCCGCUCUUUAUUUGUAAAGCGAAUAUAGAAUUUGAGGCUCGGUAGUUACAAGGUGGGUCGCAAGAAGAAUCGCCACACUUUUGCGCGGCACACGGGGAAAAAAAAAAAAGCUCGGUUGCAGCGAAGAAGUACAAAUUGGUGAGCGUACUGUACAUUAUCAUCCUUUAGUAGCCUCCCUCUACAAGCAAUAAAAGAAUCAUGGCACAAGGUGUGUCAUCUACAGACACGUACGUGAGGCAUAGCCAACGCGCGGGGGAGGCAUUGUGUAAAACACAAUGGUGUUAAUAUCUUGACCUUCCCGAUUUUAUACCGUUGAGGUCCUCCGCGGUUCCGCAGUAUUACGCUUCCCAUCAACACGGGCCACGGUUUUGUGCAGACCUGCAAGGGGAUAUAUCAUCUACGUUGGCCACCUACGUUGUACCUCGUAGUUUGUUUUGUACAGUACCGCAAAAGAAUGCGCGGUUGUUUUGCAUGCUCCACGUGCGAUGCAUUCCUCCGUGCACGACGAUUUCUGCCGCGGCGGCGUUCAGAAGCAACAGCUCCCUGUGUGCCGAGUAACGUUAGCUUAGUUUUUUUUUUUUAGUUUCUCGUCAACCGUUUUUAAGACUUCCGAGAAUAACGUCAGCAUGGCAAUAAUAACGUUCUCUUCGACCCGCGUGCGACGACUGUUCGAAAUCCACCCCCCCGACAACGACAGAUUUUGACAAUCUGUGCCGAUAAUGACGCUACCUGACGUGUGUUAAGUGUUAACACUCCUAUGUACAUAUGUCAGCAAUACAGCUCACAACCAAUAAUGUGUGUACAUAAACGUGCUUUGCAACUCCUUCGAUGUACAAUGCUAGCCCCGUUGGAUGUACAUAAACUAACCAUCGCUCAAGCGUCCCACGUGUAUUUUUUUUUUUCCUCCCCCCAUCCUCUUCGAGUGGGGGGGUCUUUCGACUGCUGUGCAUACUGUAAUGCUCAACACCAUCUCGAUGUUCAGAAGAAGAAAGAAGAAAAAAAAAUUAAAAAUUGAUAGUAACCCCCAUAUGUAACAUACUCUGGACACGAGGAAUAUGUCAGUCUGUGUGUAGGAAAUUUUUGGUACCAAAAUAAAUUUUUCUAACAAUU